GAGAGGUGCCGGGAGAAGGAGGGGGAAAAAAGCGGAAGUUUGGUUCUUUCCUCCAGCACCUGCCGCCGCGCGGCUCUUGCUCGGGCGUGUGGCGAGCUCCAUCGUCCAGCUAGGGAGGUCCCGUCGUCGUUGCUGGCGAUCGAGGAGAUGGGCGGCGGCGGCGGCAGGAACGGCGCCGUGAGGCAGUACAUCCGGUCCAAGGAGCCCAGGAUGAGGUGGACCGCCGACCUCCACCGCAGCUUCGUGCGAGCCAUAGAGUGCCUCGGCGGCCAAGACAAGGCUACGCCGAAGCUCAUUCUCCAGUUCAUGGGCGCCAAGGGGCUUACCAUAUCUCAUGUCAAGAGCCAUCUCCAGAUGUACAGAGCUGCGAGGCUUGGCGCGGGAAGAAGAGGGAUGCAAGCAGCCCAGCUGCAAAGGAGGCACUCAUGCGCCGGUGAUGAGCAAGGCCCCAAGGAGUUCCUGUGCCCACCACUGAAAAGGGCCAGGAUGGGGACGGCGGUCGCAUACGAGAGCAUGCAGGGAAGCCAUCGAAUCAGUGAGGCGAGGACGGCCGCUGCAGCAGCUGCUGCUGGGAGCCUGUACUGCAUCGAUGAUUACAUGCAAGCCAUGGCGACGCGCAGGAGAAUAAAGGAGGAGGGCCUGAGAUGGCAGAGGAGGGAUGCUGCGGCUGCGGCUUCCAGCCUCCAAGCCGUGGGAUGUUUGGUGCAAGAAUCUGACCCCUUUAAGCAGAUAAGCAGACCUGAAGCAAACCAUCUUGUUCUUGUGCCGAAUCAGAAGCAGGGCUCCGUCGAGGAUGGAAACGGAAACGGAUGCUCCCUCUUCGGCAGCUUCAGCACUGCGGCAAAGGACAAGCCACCUGAGCAGUGCUCCCUGUCACUGUCCCUUGGUCUGGACCCAAACUGCACCCGCGCCAUGGCCGCCUCCUCGCCGAGCGAGAGCAGCUGCAUCCUCACGGCCUCUCCGGCGAGGAGGAGCUCCAGUGACUGCUCCGGCCAUUCAGACCGCUUUGCUGGCCCGGGUUUAAGCUUGGAGCUUUCCCUGUCCACGUGUGGGUUUUAGAUCACUGCUCCAGUUCUGGAUUUUGUACAUCGAUCGACCAGCUUUUGCUUUGGUGAUCGCCGGGCGUGGCGUUUCUUUAGGAUGUUCCUGGCAUCAUGACCAAGUAGAAAGUUAGUAGUAGCUAAUCCCAAGUUGGUAGUAGGACGAUGACCUUAGAAUCAUAGCAUGUUAUUUCUAGCUAGUAUGUGCAAGGCCUCCUCCAAUGAGUCCAGGUAAGCUAUCUCAUAUAUGUCCACGUCAUCAUGCAUCCUAUGUGGAGGAAACCGAAAUUCAAAAUCAAUCCAUCUAUCUCCUAUGC